AUGGCGGAAGCGACGUUCAAAGACCCUAUAGAUCAUGUUGAGGCGAAACUUGACCAUGUUGAAGCGAAUGAGAGCAAAGACAAGGCCAACGAGCUCUUGAGCCAAACGAGCAGGAGCAUCGUCCUGACUCCCGAGAACAAUGCUCGCGUGCUGAGGAAAAUUGAUCUUUUGAUCCUCCCCGUUGUACUCGGGACGUAUUUUCUGCAGGCGCUCGAUAAAGCAACCCUCGCAUAUGCUUCGGUAUUUGGACUUGUCGAAGAUACCGGCCUUGUUGGACACCAAUAUUCAUGGCUCGGAGCGGUGGUGUACCUGGCACAGCUAGUGUCUCAGCCCUUGAUCGCAUAUCUUCUUGUCAAGAUGCCUCUUGGCAAAUUCCUUGCGGUUAUCGUUCUUCUAUGGGGCAUCACAUUGUCCGUGAUGCCUGCAGCGCACAAUUUUGCAGGAAUAACCAACAUGUUGGGUUCACUGUUGACCUACGGCCUUGGGCAUAUCGACUCCCCACACCUGAAAUCCUAUCAGAUCAUCUUCAUGUUCUUCGGUCUGAUAACAGUGGCCUACUCAGCUGUUGUUUGGUUCUUCCUCCCGGACUCGCCCAUGACAGCCCGUUUUCUCCACGGCGAUGACAGACUUGUGGCAAUCGAGAGGCUUCGGGCCAAUAACCAAGGCAUUGAGAAUGAUGAAUGGAAGUGGAAGCAUGUGAAAGAGGCUGCCCUUGACCUGAAGACCUGGCUUUGGGCCGCAAUGAUGUUCGUGAUAUCAGUCCCCAGUGGCGGCAUUUCGACAUUCGGGCCUUUGAUCGUCAAAAACUUCGGCUUCAACCGCUUCCAAACCAUUCUUCUCAACAUUCCUUUCGGAGCGGUUCAACUUGUUGCGACGUUGCUGGGGGCAUAUGUGGCGACUCUUCUGAAAUGGAAAUCCCCGGUUCUCGCCUUCCUCAGUCUUCCUCCAGUUGCGGGUUGUGUCAUGUUGAUCUACUUGCCGCGUGAUGUCUCGGCAAAAGGACCGCUCCUCGCCGCAUAUUAUCUGAUUUCCGUAUAUCCCGGAAUCACGCCCUUGAUUUAUUCCUGGUCUGCUGCCAACACUGCUGGGGAGACAAAGAAAAAGGUCACCACAGGAGCACUUUUCAUAACGCAGUGUGCUGGAAAUGUACUUGGACCAAAUCUUUACACGACAGGGGAAGCUCCACUGUAUCACCGAGGCUUGAGGUCAAACCUGGCAAUGUUUAUCGUCCUCCUUGGCCUGUACGCGAUUCAAGUCUUUUACCUUAUGAUUCUCAACAAAAAGCAUGGUUCAAGGAGAGAAAGGAUGGGUAAGAAAGCCGUCAUCGUUGAUCACUCAAUGAAACGGAUCAAGGCUGCAUCUGCGACCCAUGUGGACGAUAGUCUCGAAGAAGAUGAGACCAUUGGGCAGAAAGCGUUUGAUGACAAGACGGACUGGGAGAACGAGGAUUUCAUUUAUGUGUACUAG